UCAUGUCAAAAGGUUUUGCUUUCAAACCGUCUGCUUUAGCUGCCAAGGCAGAUAAACUGUGGUCAGAUAGCAAAACAGAAUACACAGCAACUCAUUCAACAAUCAACCACGUUCAUUUGGAAAAGAAAUCGCUGGGCGAUAUUAUUCCGAAAUCAGCAGAUGCGCCUGUUGCAAAUGAAAAAGAAGUCGAAGAGGCUCCACAAGCAUUUGUUUUUGGCUCCAAAAUAUCAGAUCGUGUUGUGAACAAAGAAGGUGAUUCAACAAAGCCGGGUGGUUCAGACGAAAAGACCAUGACAGCAACUGAGCUCUUCCAAAAUGCAGUUAAAAAAGAUGACGAUAAAAAUGGAGCCAAAAACUUCAGAAAGGAAGCUGAACAAGAAGCGGAGAGAGCAAAGGAAGCCGAAAAGCAGCAUGCCGGAACGAGUUCAGUCGAAAUCACCACCGGGGAAGAGAACGAUACUAAUAUUUUCCAAGCUCCUUGCAAAAUUUGGGCGUUUGAUAAAUUGAAAAAUGCCUACUCUGAAAAGGGUGUCUGCAAUCUCAGGAUCAACAAACGAGUCGAGAACGGACUGACGCACCACCGAAUUGUGGCAAGAACAUCUUCCGGUACUCUUCGUGUCAUCAUAAAUUCCAAAAUUUUCUCUGAUAUGCUUUUGGAGCGGGUCGACAAGAGAAUUCGAAUUUCCGCAAUGGGACCAGAGAUCAGCGGUGUUCAGAUUUUCCUUCUAAAAAUCGGAUUCACCAAAACUGAGACGAUCCCCGAUUCGGAUAUAUUCUACAAUAUUAUGAGCGACCUGCUGAAAUUGGAGAAGGGAGAGAAUAGUCGGAAGAGGAAAGCGGAUUGUGAUCUGAACGCUUCAACUGUUAAAAUCAAGGAUGGAAAGGAAGAAGAAGAAGGUGAUCAAGAUCAAGUUGAUGAAGGAUUUGUCAUUGUAAACAAGCCAACAGAAGAUGAGGUGAAAGAAGAAAAACCAGCUGUUACAGCUGCCGAAGAAUCUGCAUCCAGCUCAACUCCUUCCGAAUAACCAUAUCAGUCAUUGCUUCUUUCAACUUCCCCUGUGCUCUUUUUUCUCCUUCCAAUCCCCACAAAAAUGGUCUCCAACUUUCACCCAACUCAAAUCAUUUCCCCUUAAGUCUAAUUUCUUUAUUGCUAAAAAUUUCUUCUAGAUUUCUACCAAUCUGGCCUAACUUUCCAAUUUCGUUUUAUUCUUAUAUAUCCCGUUUUAUGUGUUUGUCGAAUAUAUUUGGUUUGUGAAAAAGAGAAGAGUUUGCAAUAAAAAGCAGAAAUAC